AAUUUUGUUUUGCAUUUCUUUGACAUUUUUCUCUUGAGCCAUCCAAUUUUACUUUUCUUCCCUUUACAGCAAAGUGGAAAGAAACCAAUGAUUGAAGUCUGUGCUUUUUAAUGAAGCAUAGUCAUUAUUUGCAUAAGAGCUUAUGAUUCACCAUUUUGUAACCCAGUUGGAGGAGGAGCCAUAAGAAGAAACCAUAAACAUCUCUCCAUCUGGGACCAGGUAUUCCUACCAGAAGCAUGAACUGUACUGAAGAUAAUAAUACGUGUGAAAUAGAUCACAGGCUAGAUACAUAUUUGUUUCCUGUUCUCUACAGUCUUUUGAUGAUCAUCGGCAUCCCUGCCAACCUUGCAUCCCUUUUCAUUUCCUGCUGCCAAGUGAAGAAAAAAAAUGAACUAGGUAUCUAUCUCCUAUGUCUAUCUUUAGCUGAUCUACUUUAUAUUCUAACUCUGCCUCUAUGGAUUCAUUAUGCACAGAAUGGAGAUUCCUGGAUAUUUUCCUCUCCCCUUUGCAGGUUGUCUGUUUUUCUUAAAUACCUAAAUUACUACACAAGUUCAGGAUUUCUCACCUGCAUUUCCCUCGAUAGAUACUUGGCUGUUGUUCAUCCACUAAGGUUCCAUUAUUUACGGACAAGAAGAUCCGCCUUACUGAUCUCCACCUUAGUUUGGGCCUUUGAAAUCAUGUCAAACUAUCAGUUUCUAAAACGGGAGGAGCUAUUUGAAGAACAAAAUUUCUCACAACAUGCCAAACUCCUUUUGUGCUAUGACACAUACCCUCUUAAAAAAUGGCAAGCUUGGAUGAACUUUUAUCGGGUCGGAGUGGGAUAUGCGAUCCCUUUGUUUAUCAUGGUGUUUUGCUACCAGAAAAUAUACCGAGCUGUGGAGAAUAAUCAAGCAACACUUGAACGUGACAAGAGGAAAAUCAAAAACUUAUUGUUGAGCAUAAUUGUCAUUUUCUUUUUAUGUUUCACUCCUUACCAUGUUGUUCUGUUUCUGCGAAGCAUCUGGGAACCGUGUAACUGCAUUGUUGCCAGACGGAUGUUCCUACCCUACAGAAUCACAACUGCACUUACAAGCAUAAAUUGUAUAGCUGACCCAAUUCUCUAUUGUUUUGUGAGUGAAACUGGCAGAACAGGGAUCUGGAACAUGUUCAAGUGUGACUUUCCUGCCAGCCAGCCAGAGGAGGUACAACAGACACAAAACUUUGCUGUGUCCAACAGUUCACCGGAUAAAACCAACAAAGUCCCAGAAUCAACAACUGUCUUAUAAAUCUGAUGAAACUGAAGUAUUGUCUUAUUCUCCCCACUCCUAAGAUUGAAUCCAACCUCCUAAACACUGGUUAGAAGAGUCUGCAGAUUAGGAUGGGCCCAAGAAAUAUUCUUCUUGAGGCCAAGAUGAGAAGGUGCAUACCCCGAUCUAAGUGGUUUGAACUGAAGGUGGAAUUGUAUUCUACUUUGUUAUUAUUAUGUGAUUAGGGUAAUUAUGUUUAUUUGAGUAUUUGUAUCCCUCUUUUAUUUGUAUUUUUAUUCUUUUUAUUUGUCGUAAGUUGACUCAUGUUAUUUUGUAUCUUUUGUUUUGUUUUGAUGUGUUUGAAUGUGUUUAUGGCAUUGAAUGUUUGCUUUUUGGUAUGUAAACCACCAUGAGUCCCCUCA